GCGCGCUGGACUUGGCGCGCAUUGCCCCGCCCCGCCCCGGCGUCCCCGCGGCCCGCGCGCGCCCGCAAUCUGCGAUUUCCUGGGGUUUGCAGCAUUCACGCUGAGGAAGCGGGUAGUGGGGUCACCGCCCGACCCAGCUCGAGGAACUAGGAGACGGGAGGACCCCGCGAAGCAGCGAGGAUGGCCGGGAGAGGGAAGGGCCUGGUUCGUGGGCGGCGCUAAGUCUGGGCGGGGGCGCGGUCACCGCCGCGGCUUCCAGCGGAGGCUGAGGCGGCCACGUCCCACUCGCUCUGGGUGUAGGGGCCGCCCGGAGUCUGCUGUCCUCCGGACCUCCAGACAUGUCCGAGGUGAAGAACCGGAAGAAGUCGGGGCCCAAGGGAGCCCCCGCGGAUCCCGGGAAGCGGAGCGAGGGCGGGAAGAGCGCCGAGGCGCGGGACGGUGGAAGCGGGGGCUGGGCGGACCCCCGGACCGGCGUGAGCCUGCUGUCGCUGGGCAUGUGCCUGGGCCUGGCCUGGUUUGUAUUUCAACAAUCGGAAAAGUUUGCAAAGGUGGAAAACGAAUACCAAUUACUGAAAAUAGAAAAAAACGAAUUCCAAGGCCUUCAAAGUAAAAUCAGUUUAAUUUCAGAAAAGCUUGAGUCUACUGAAAGUAUCCUGCAAGAAGCUACAUCAUCCAUGUCUUUGGUGACCCAGGUUGAGCAGGAAGUAUCCAGCCUCCAGCAUAUCAUGCAUGACAUUCAAAUUAGUGAAGAGAUGCUCGCUCAAAAGAUGCAAAGCCUUAAUGAGAAAUUCCAAAAUGUCACAAAUUUCUGGGAGAGAAGCCUGGAAGAAAUGAAUGCUGACACAGACACUUUCAAAUCAGAAUCAAAGCAUAUGCAUUCGCAAGUGACUGUCCAAAUUAACGCAGCUGAACAAGGAAUAAAGCUGCUCACGGAAAGGCUAAAAGAUCUGGAAGACAGCACACUCAGAAAUAUCAGAACAGUGAAAAGACAAGAAGAAGAGGAUCUUCUGCGAGUCGAGGAGCAGCUGGGCUCUGAUGCAAAAGCAGUGGAAAAGUUGGAAGAGGAACAGCAUGCUCUCUUGGCCAGAGAUGAAGACCUGACUAAUAAGCUUUCCAACUACGAACCCAAAGUUGAGGAAUGCAAGACACAUUUGCCAACCAUUGAAAGUGCAAUUCGCUCUGUUCUCAGAGUCUCUCAGGAUCUGAUAGGGACAGAAAAGAAAAUGGAAGAUUUAACUCUUCAGAUGUUCAAUAUGGAAGAUGAUAUGCUGAAAGCAGUAUCUGAGAUCAUGGAGAUGCAGAAAACUCUUGAAGGACUUCAGUACGACAACAGCAUAUUAAAGAUGCAAAAUGAACUGGACGUUCUGAAAGGAAAAGUUCAUGACUUUAUAGUAUAUUCAAGUGCAGGGGAAAAGGGAACUUUAAAAGAACGUAAUCUAGAAAAUAAAGGAAUUGGUAGUGACCUUUAAAUGCACUACAUUUAUUCUGAUGAACCAUAUUACUGUACAUCAAUUUAUUAGUUCCAUGCUUCUGUGUUAUUUUGAUAUGUCUCACUUACCCUACAUUAUUGUGAAAGAGGUGAGAUGUCCACAGAAGUGUAUUAUCCAGACAAUCAAAGCUUAUCUCUAAGCAAUACAACUUAUUUCAUUUUAAUCAUUUUAAAUAGAAAUAAUUCUAAUUAUAUAUAUACUUUUUAAAAAGUAAUAUCCUUAGUAUUUUUCAUGUUUUUCUAAUAAUUACUGGUCAUUAUUAUGAAUUUCACCCAUUGGACCCAAAUAUAUUAGUAUCUCUAGUAGCUAAUGAGGGGUGUUUACCUCCUCACUAAGUGACCCCAGUUUGCUAUUUUUCAAACCUUAUGUCUACUUAUAUCUCUUCUGUCACCUGAAAAGGUGACCCACUGACCUGUUACUGUCAGGUGGGUCGGUGAAGUACCAGCCUCAGCCGGGCCUUCAUUUCCUUUGUAAUUUACUACAGGCUAAGAAUCCAGACCACGGAGUUCAUAGGAAUUUUGUCUAAACUAAAAAAAUAACAUGCCCAAGAGCAAGAUUGGGGUAUUUUGUGAUGAAUUAAUAUGCAUUUUUUGAAAACUAUGGAGCCUUGGAAAUGUUUUUACUUUUUGUUAAGGUUCUAAACUGUGUUAUAGAUAUUUGUAAGAAUUUUUAAAUAAGAGUAAUAUAGAGUGGGGCAAAAGUAGGUUUACAGUUGUGAGUAAGCAAAAGUUUAUUCUUGUAUUAUUAUUUAUUCAUUAGUGUAUUAUUUUCCAUACAAACAACUGUAAGCCUACUUUUGCCCCACCCAUAUGGUUGGGUUUUUUUGUUUUGUUUUGUUUGUUUUGGGGUGUUUUUUUUUAAGGCUUUUCCUAGGAAUGACAUGUAUAUGCUUUUAAGUAUGGACUUUUGGAAUAUCUCUGUAUAGCUGGGCUUUUUAUUUUAAAAAAGUUUUGACUGUGUUACAGAUUCCUGAGUUUGCUAGAUACAGGAUCUCUAGGUAAAUUACUCUAUUGAGAACAUACAGCAAUAAGCCUGUGGCCUGUUUUAAAGAGGAAAAAGCAGCAAAACGAGAAAUGAGAGCCAGCCUGCCAUCUCUGCUUCCCCUUUCUGGGGACCAGUUCAGCUUCCCGCCAUCUCGCAGCUCUCCAGGCAUCCCCUUCACUCGCCUUCCCCAAGCCUGAGCGGGUACUUUCUCAUCCAGAGGUGCAACCUUCGGCCUCUUCACACAGGCACAGGAUUUGAUGAAACAAAUUUAAAAGGUUCUGCUUGCCCAGCUGGUGUGGCUGAACCUAUGCACCAAGCAGUCACCCAUUGAUUCCUAGGUGGUCAAGGCACAUGCCCGGGUUGUGUGCUCCAUCCCCAGUAGGGGACUUGCAGGAGGCAGCUGAUCGGUGUUUCUAUCUCUCCCUUUCCUUUCCUUUCCUCUCUCUAAAAAUCAAUAAAAACAUAUUUUUUAAAAAAUUAAAAUAAAAGGCUCUGCUUUUCAGGCUCUGCUCCACCCUCUCUCCUUUGCCCCAGGACCACUCCCCACAGUGAGCCAGGUACAUAAAAAAUAAACAUUUAAAAAAGAAAGAGAAAUUAUGACAAUUAGGGUAAUUAAAAGUAUGUCAUUAUUUUAAAGGGUCCCCAAACUAAUUGCCCAAACAGAUUUGUUUCACAUAGUGAUUUAUUUUACUCAAAAUUACGUAAUAGAGUCACAAGGAAUAAGACAGGCAUACCAAGGUGAUUAAGCAGAGACCUAGCCGUAUUUUUCUAAUAACGAUAAUCGAAAUGUGCAGGACUGGGGGGAACACAUGAGACUUUUAUUGGUAAACUGAUAUAUCAGAGUGUCCAGACUUGGUGUUGAAAACUGAGACUACUGUAUAUGGAAGUACUAUUCUUAUUCAUUCUUGCCAAUAACCAACUAUAGUCCCUUUUUGUAAUGCAGUUUCAGUGGAAUUAAGCACAAACAACUUGAAAGCAAUCAGUUACAAAAGGUAGUAUGGUCAGGUAGCUGUACUAUGUAAACUUGCACAUUUUGGGAGAAAUCCCAAAUACGUUCUACUACGGUGGAUAGCCGUGGGUCAUAAGAAUGGAAGAGUCUUUCUAUUAAAAGUCACAGCAUUAAUUUCUGGAAUCUUAACAUAAAUUCCUCGAGUUCUGAAUGUCUAAGUUCUUGUCUGUGUGCACUGACAAAAUUGUAUUUCUUUGUUUUUAUUUUCGUACUAAUAAAAUAGAUUAUAAAGUUA